GGACCAUCCCAUCCUUAUCAUCCAAUCAGGCAUUCAUUUACACUUCGCUUAAGCCAAUCCGAAACUCCUUCCCAGCCAAUGAAAAGCGUAUAAUGUGCUGGUUCUUCCAAAUCCCCGCCUUCUUCUUUACUGCCGGAUGUGUGAUGUGGCUCGCGGCAGCUCGUAACUAUGUCUGCAAUCUUCAAUUUUCAGAGUCUACUCACAGUAAUCUUGCUCCUUAUAUGUACCUGUGCAUACAUAAGAUCCUUGGCUCCCAAAUUACUGGAUAACAAUCAAACUGGAUUACUGGGUAUAUUCUGGAAGUGUGCCAGAAUUGGUGAACGGAAGAGCCCUUAUGUUGCUGUGUGCUGUAUAGCAAUGGCCUUCAGUAUUCUGUUUGUCCAGUAACAGUUGAGGAAAAGUCUGGAGUAUGUUGGCUGUCAAACUACAGUGGGGAAAAAAGACACUGGGAAGCAGAAAAAAUGGGAAAUGUGUUCACCUUAAUUAUCCACUGGACAAGACAAAUUUGUGACAAGUUCCUUAUUUUACAUAAUAGAAGACGGGGGGUGCAUUACUUUGUAAUAAUUCAUUUAUUAAUAUUCAUAUGUGUAGAUUUUCCAUAUUCCUUCAUGUGAACUGUAUUCUGAAUUUCAAUUGAGAUUUUAGAUAGCUUAAAAAUUCCUGUUUGAGAGGUGAUUUGAUAUUAAAAUCCCAAACCCUAAGUGUUUAAGUUAUAAAAUGUUUACAAAAUCUGCAGAAAACAUUAUUGAGAAAGGUGAAGUAAAACCAAAUCAUUAUCAUUUAUUGCUAAAAAUUAUGUCAACAUUAUUCUGACUGUGAACAAGACCAAAUUUUAAAGGUAGAGAAAUAAAAACAGAAGCUUUAAGAACAGAACAAAUUUAAAGCUAGAACCACUGAUGACAUUAAUAAGAGUUUGGUAUAAAAAACAGUACUGUGUUAGAAAACAACUGUACACAAACUGUAUCCUAUUCACUAUCAAUUCAACAAGGUCUUUUUCUUUUUGAGUCAGUGCUUGUCAUAUAUUUUUGAUGCACCUGCUGUUUAAUAAACAAUUUGUAUAAUU